AUGUCAGAUAAAGAUUUGUUUAAAAUUGCUUUUGGACAAAAAUUCGAAUAUGAUUCUUUUGAAGACAUGACAAAAAUUGGUAAAGGAGGGUUCGGAAGUGUAUAUAAAGCUUACUCAAAAGAUAUAAAACAAACUGUGGCUUUGAAGACUUUAGAUUACGAAUAUGAAUAUUCAUUUGACAUUUUUAUUAGAGAA